GCAUGCAAAAUUAAAGGCGAACUCCACCCAGUGUUGCAGCAGCAGUUUGUACACUCCACGCCGAGCACGCUGACAAUAUCAUACACAUGAUAAACAAAGUAAAUCCUUGUGAAGCCAUUACAGCCCCGGCGAGUGUGAGGGAAAGCGGAGCCACGUGACCGAACACUAUCCGAGGAGCAUUUCUUAUAGUCGGAGAAGCGCCAUCCAAUGAGCAUAGGGAUGAACCUCAGGGGCUUGUUGUGAUUGGCUGACGGGGUGAGGCUUGCGCUGCUAUUGGCUGGUACAUGCCGGCUCAUCCGUGUACUUGUCUAAAGAGACAGUGCAGUAAGCGAGCGCUGUCAGUUGUCUCCCAGUGUGUGCAGUGUGUGCAGCUGACGGGGCAUGUGUGUGACUCCCUGUGUCUGUCCCACCUCAGUGUUAAACUCUCUGGUUGCCCCAUGGUGUCUCCGGAGAUAACGCUGCAGUAUCAAAACAACAACAACAACGGGCACAUUCUGGACAAGGAGGACGUGCCGGCGCCUGUCAGUAAUGGGGACGUGCAGAUGACAGUCAGUGAUCUCCCCCGCAGCCCCGACACCGAACUGCCGCCUCAGCAGGAGGAGGAGAGAGAGGCGAUGCUGCCCGGGCAGCCCCUGGAGACCCGCUUGUACCGCAGGAGGUUUGUGAUCCUGGGGGUGUUCAGCCUGUACUCGCUGCUCAAUGCUUAUCAAUGGAUCCAGUACAGCAUCAUCACCUCCAUCUUCACCCAAUUCUACCAGGUCUCCAGCGACAAGAUCGACUGGCUCUCUGUGGUCUACAUGGUGGUCUAUGUGCCCCUCAUCUUCCCUGCCACCUGGCUACUGGACAACAAGGGGCUCAGGGUCACCGCCCUGUUGGGCUCUGGUCUCAACUGCCUGGGAGCUUGGCUCAAGUGUGCCAGCGUCCGACCCGACCUCUUCGGGGUCACCAUGUUCGCCCAGACCGUCUGCUCCGUGGCCCAAGUCUUUAUCCUGGGGUUGCCCUCUCAGGUGGCCUCUGUGUGGUUUGGCCCCAAGGAGGUGUCCACGGCGUGCGCAACCGCAGUACUGGGCAACCAGCUUGGAACCGCGAUUGGAUUUCUUCUACCUCCUGUCUUAGUCCCAAAGGUCGAUGAUGAUGUGGAACUUACUGGACACAACAUCAGCAUUAUGUUCUAUGGUACAGCUGCUGUCUCCACGUUGCUUUUUGUAUUGACUAUAGCAGUUUUCAAGGAGAAGCCAAAGAUCCCUCCAAGCCAGUCGCAAGCCGUUCUACAAGGUGAAGCUUCUAAAGAUUAUUCCUACAAGAUUUCCAUAAUGAACCUCUUCAAGAAUGUCCCCUUUGUGCUCCUGCUCGUUAGCUAUGGCAUCAUGACUGGAUCCUUCUAUUCUGUAUCCACGUUGCUUAACCAAAUGAUUACGUUUCAUUAUGUGGAUGAAGAAGUGAACGCUGGGAGGAUCGGCCUGACACUUGUACUGGCAGGAAUGGUUGGCUCCAUUGUUUGUGGUCUGUGGUUGGAUUAUUCCAAAACGUACAAACAAACAACGCUGAUUGUUUACAUUCUGUCAUUCGUUGGAAUGCUGGUUUUCACCUUCACGCUGGACCUUGGGAACCUCAUUGUGGUGUUUGUGACAGGAGGUGUUCUUGGGUUCUUUAUGACCGGUUAUCUUCCACUUGGUUUUGAGUUUGCUGUUGAGAUAACAUACCCGGAAUCAGAAGGGACCUCAUCAGGGCUUCUUAAUGCCUCUGCCCAGAUAUUUGGAAUUUUAUUCACAUUAGCCCAAGGGAAACUGACAACAGACUACAACCCACAAGCCGGUAACAUCUUCCUGUGCGCCUGGAUGUUUGUCGGCAUCAUUCUAACAGCUCUGAUCAAAUCCGACCUCAAAAGGCACAAUAUAAAUGCGGGAAUCACAAAGUCAGAAUUAAAACCUGUCCCUGUGCAGGAAGAAGGCUUCAUCAUUGGAAGCAGCCAGUCCUCUUCUGCCGUCUGACAACAGUCCCUGUGGAGUGGCCCAACCCACAUGGCAGAUACUGUAGCAAUGUGAUGAGGCAGCUCUAUCCAAGGCACUGGUAUAUAUAUACUGUACAGCUGCUGAGUAUAUCACGUGAGGAUUAUACAGUGCAAAUGACACUUGGGACUUGGCAGCAGCAGUCCUGCAGGCGCACAGAAGGACUUUUGGCAGAUAAAGCCCCUUUUAUGGAUUAUUUAUCUGACCUUUAAACCCAAUGCCUUCUUCAUUAUUAGUUUAGUAAUUUUUACAUGUCACAAAUAGGUUUUCCAGAGGCUAUUUCUAAAGCAGGCAGUGAUGCAGUGUUGGACUGGGACACCAGGGGUCCACCCAAAAACCUUAGACCAGGGGCCCACCAAGAAAAUUUAGGCAAGGGACCCAUUUUCAGUACUAUUAUUCUUCCUCUCCUCACUCAACCUCUAUUC